AUGAUCUCACUAACCAAGGUUAUAGCUAGAAGUCGUUUGUAUGUCCCAGCAGCACGUGCUACUGCUGUGCGUGGAGCCACUCGGUUCCAAUCUGAUUUGGCACAACGAUACCAAGACAAGUUGGCCAAGAAGGCAAAGGAACUCGGGUUAAAGGACACAACUGAGUUGAAAACACACUUGAAAGAUGACAUUGAUCGGAUCAAAAAGGAAAUGAACGCAAUUGAUCCCUUAAAGGAACUUGAAGAAUACGAAAGAAGACAAGCAGCCGAAGUUAAACGGGAGAAUCAGGAUGGAGACCCUCAUACAAUCAAGAUCAGAAGACCAGUAGAUAAACUGGAACCCAAAGCUCCUUAUAAAACAAUGGAAUCAUAUAUUGAUGUGGAUAAGAUUCUGGAAUUACCUAAUGAACAUAUACAAGUGAUUUGGAAGGCAAGAUUUGAACUGGAUCCAAGAAAUCUUCAUGCUGUUUUAACCAGUGAACAAUUUGCUAAGAUAUAUGUUAAUGCCUUCAAAAACCCAAGUUUCAUACUUCCUAUUCCUAAAGGUGAUGGAUACGAAAUGCAUUUUGUCCAAUGGCAGUUUGUUGGACCAGAGACUACACAUUGUAUGAUAACUACCGUGGCCGAAUAUAAAUUACAUAAAGAGUAUGCCAAACCUCACACUUCUAUUACCUUCCACCAAGAAUUGAUAGCCAACAAGAAUUUGGUAUUGAUGAAUGGCUAUUGUGAAACAGAAAGCUCUUUAUCUAUGGACGAAGCCCAACUCUUGGUAUUAAAUGUUCAAAGGUUCUAUGGUGGAGUCGGUAACGAAGAAGGUGCUGCAACAAGACAGAAAUUGUUACAAGAUUUCACCUCUGGAACUGAAACUUUUGAUAUGGAUGCUCUUGUCAAAGAAGCAACUUCUUUUGAAUAA